ACGGGUGUCCCAUUGUGCCUGCUUGGAUUCGGUGCAGUUCGUCUGCGAACCGACAUGAAUCGCUUGCUUUCGUUGCUCUUUCACCAAGGUGUCCUCGACGAGCAAUUCUUGCAACUCCAACAGCUUCAAGACCAAACCUCCCCUAACUUUGUUUCCGAAGUCAUUACCAUCUACUUUCACGAGUCCGAAAAACAACUACGCAACCUAAGAAACUUAUUGUUGGAAAGAGAAAUGUGGGAUUACGUAAAACUCGGAAUACAUUUAAAUCAAUUGAUGGGAAGCAGUUCUAGCAUUGGUGCCAAAAGGGUCCGAAACGUAUGUGCUGCAUUUCGUGGUGCUGUUGAACAAAAUAACCGAUCAGCGUGCAUGAGGGCAUUAGAGGUACUUGAACAUGAAUAUUGUUAUUUGAAGAAUAAGUUGCAUGAACUUUUUCAAAUAGAGCAACAAAGAGUGCUGGGAGAUGCGGUGAGAUACCCCGGUGUGGUACACCACCAGUUAAUCUAA